CCGGCAGCACAUGUGUUUCUGUUUUGUGUUGUAGCAUUUGUUCUGGAAGCUCGUAUUUACAUUUUAAGUGUUUCUGGCGAGUGGGCUGGAGCCCUCGUCUGGGCCGGAAAGAGAAAGGAGCCCUGCGGCCCGACCUCCGGCUCCUCCGCGCCUCCCCGCUCCGCACCCCCACCAGCCGUGACCAUGCCCAGGAAGAAGGCGGCGGCGGCGGCCUGGGAGGAGCCGAGCUCCGGCAACGGCACGGCCCGCGCGGGGCCCAGGAAGCGCGGCGGCCCGGCGGGCAGGAAGCGCGAGCGGCCCGAGCGCUGCAGUAGCAGCAGCGGCGGCGGCAGCAGCGGCGAUGAGGACGGCCUGGAGCUCGACGGGGCCCCCGGCGGCGGCAAGCGCGCGGCCCGGCCGGCGGCGGCGGGCAAGGCGGGCGGCGCGGCGGUGAUCAUCACCGAGCCGGAGCACACCAAGGAGCGCGUCAAACUCGAAGGGUCUAAGUGCAAAGGGCAGCUGCUGAUUUUUGGGGCGACCAACUGGGACUUGAUCGGUCGGAAGGAAGUGCCUAAACAGCAAGCUGCCUACCGCAACCUGGGUCAGAACCUGUGGGGGCCCCACAGGUAUGGGUGCCUGUCGGGGGUCCGCGUGCGGACCGUGGUCUCGGGCUCCUGCGCGGCCCACAGCCUCCUCAUCACCACGGAAGGGAAGCUGUGGAGUUGGGGUCGCAAUGAGAAGGGGCAGCUGGGCCACGGCGACACCAAGAGGGUGGAAGCCCCCAGACUCAUCGAGGCCCUCAGCCACGAGGUGAUUGUGCUGGCGGCAUGUGGGCGCAACCACACCCUGGCAUUGACCGAAACGGGCUCCGUGUUCGCCUUUGGGGAGAACAAGAUGGGGCAGCUGGGCCUCGGCAACCAGACAGACGCGGUCCCCAGUCCUGCGCAGAUAAUGUACAACGGCCAGCCAAUUACCAAGAUGGCCUGUGGGGCUGAAUUCAGUAUGAUAAUGGACUGCAAAGGAAAUCUCUAUUCCUUCGGGUGCCCUGAGUUCGGCCAGCUGGGACACAACUCGGACGGGAAGUUCAUCGCCCGGGCGCAGCGGAUAGAGUACGACUGCGAGCUGGUGCCCCGGCGGGUGGCCAUCUUCAUCGAGAAGACGAAGGACGGGCAGAUCCUGCCCGUCCCCAACGUGGUGGUGCGGGACGUGGCCUGCGGCGCCAACCACACGCUGGUUCUGGACUCGCAGAAGCGCGUCUUCUCCUGGGGCUUCGGUGGCUAUGGCCGGCUGGGCCACGCGGAGCAGAAGGACGAGAUGGUGCCUCGCCUGGUGAAGCUGUUUGACUUCCCCGGGAGGGGGGCGUGCCAGAUCUACGCCGGCUACACCUGCUCAUUUGCCGUCAGCGAAGUGGGCGGGCUGUUUUUCUGGGGGGCCACCAACACCUCCCGGGAGUCCACCAUGUACCCGAAAGCAGUGCAGGACCUCUGUGGCUGGCGGAUCCGGAGCCUGGCCUGUGGGAAAAGCAGCAUCAUCGUGGCAGCGGACGAGAGCACCAUCAGCUGGGGCCCAUCGCCGACCUUCGGGGAACUGGGCUACGGGGACCAUAAGCCCAAGUCUUCCACGGCAGCCCAGGAGGUGAAGACGCUGGACGGCAUCUUCUCCGAGCAGGUGGCCAUGGGCUACUCACACUCCUUGGUGAUCGCGCGGGACGAGAGCGAGGCGGAGAAGGAGAAGCUCAAGCGGCUGCCGGAGUACAACCCGCGCACGCUCUGAGCGCCCCCUGGCGGCCGCCCACUCCAAGUGCACUGGGACCGCAAGUCCAGCCGCCUUCAGGAAGCAGACGUUGACCGAAGGUGCAUUUUGUCGACCCCCCCCCCCAGGUUCCGUUUUCUACGUGAUUCAACGUCAACUACCUUUUUCUGUAUGCUUUCCAAAGUGGUUCCCCCCCACCCCUCAAUGUUUAAUUAAAAUAUUUGCUCAUAGUUGACUUACCAUUCCUACACGAGGCAGAGCCUUUGAGCAGUUGAGGUUUUUUAAGUGGUAUUUCUUUUCUCCCUCACCUGAAUCUGCUCGGCUCCGCCUCCCAUUCCAGCUGUAAGUAGCAUUGUGAUCUGAGGGGGCCGCGCAGGGCAGGAGAUGCCAGCCCUGGUGGCCAGUCCCCCCCCCCCCCCCACGCCGCCUGCGUGCCGUGCAAGUGUCGGGUCUCCUGCCCGCCCUCCCUCCGCCCGGCCCGGCCGGGUCUCUGACCUCCUCCCCUGCCUGCCUGUGCACCUCUGGCUCAAAGUCAGCCCCGCCUGUCCCCCCUGGCGGGGGCUCUGAGGUCCAUGUGUUGUGGCCAGUUGUAUCAAUCAGCUGUAAGAUAAAGUCCAGAUGAGAAUCAGGUGAUUGGGGGGGGGGCAACGAUGGGAAACAUUUGUAUCUGGGAAGGGGGUGCUGGGUUUAUGGAUCUCUUGUCAAGCCCCUGCCUGGCCACCAGCGGGAGAGUCCCUUAGGGAUUGACCGGGCAGCGGUCUCCAGUGCAGCCCGCCCUGCCCUCGGUUUGCUUGACUGUGGUUCCAGGUGGUGGGGUUCCCGAGAUGUCCCCCCUCCCCGCCUUGCAACUGAGAUGCUGCCCACACCCCCGGCAGGUGUCCUGCCCGAGCCUGCCCCCGACCGUGCGGCGGGAGUGACAGAGGUGCCUUCCCCAGAACCCGGGCGGGGCGGCGGCGUGGGCUGGGCUCUCGGCGUCCAGGGGUCUGGGUGCUUUAAGUAGAUGUUUAGUUCCGUGGUGCUUCUGGGGCCGGGGGAGCCAGGGCCUUAGCGAGAGACGGGGGUGGGGGGGGUGACGGGAAAGGGACAUACUGGCUUUCAGCAUUUGUGUUCGCUUUGCUGUUGUUUCCAUUUGUCAUUGUCUCCAAGUUAAAAUGCCAAAAAUGA